AGCUUCAGGAGAAAAACUGACAGCAGCAUGCUGCCACCAAACCUACUGAUUGUGUCGAUAGUCAUCCUUCUGGCAACUACGGCAUCUACGGCACCUGUGGAGGAGAAGGAGGUGGAGGAGGUGGAAACGGAGGCCACAGAGAUGUUGGAGGGGGAGGUGUCUGAGGAGGAGGAGGAUGAUGAUGAUGACUCCAAGAGUCAGGAUAAUAUUGAUGGAGCUCAGCAGACCACCGUGUCAGCAGCGUUAGCCGGAGGUUCAGCUUCCAGUGGCCAGUCCCUAGAGAUGAGACCACAUGUUGGAGCAGCUGGAAGCUCUACAGGUCACGGAGGUGAUCUCUCCUCUAUCAACUUUGCAGCAGGUGGACAUCCAGGCAGCUCCUCAGGUUCUGCAGUUUCUCCAGGUUCUGAAGGUUCCAUGGGUUCUGCAGCCUCUGUAGGUUCUGCAGGAUCUGGAGGUUUUGUAGGCUCAGCAGGAUCUGCAGGUUCUUCAGGGUCUGUAGAUUCCAUGGGGUUUGCAGGUUCUGUAGGUUCUGCAGGCUCUGUAGGUUCUGGAGGGUCUGCGAGUUCUGUAGACUCUGCAGGUUUUGUACAUUCUGGAGGAUCUCCAGGUUCUGUAGCAGUUGAAAUCUCUGGUGUUUCUGCAGGUCAAACUCACUCAGCAGGAGCUGAACACCUACCAAGUUCAUCUAAAACGGACAUAAACGGUCCUGAUGGAGUAGACUCGGAGACCAAUGGUAAUGGACAGAAGCUGCUGAACGGUGGAGGAGGUGGGGCCGGAGUCGACAGUCAGACCGGAAUCAUCGAUCCAUCCAGUCAUGACUACCUUAUGGGUGGUGGUUUGGUGGAUCCUUUCAGUACAGAUGGUCAUGUUAACAUUCAAGCUCACUUGACCCCACCAACUCACCAUGACUUCUCAGUGAUUGGUACCGGUGUGACAGUACCUCCACCUGGUGGACAGAGCAUCCUGGGCUCACCUGCAGCAGGAAGCAUUAACCAAUCAGGAGCAGACGGCACCUGGCUGAUUUCUGGAUCUGACCAAUCACUGGCCAGGCCUUACUCAGAUACCUCCCAUUCUGCAGUUUCUUCAACAUAUUUAUUAGACAAUGGCAUUGGAGCUCACCAAGAGCAGACAGAUGGAGCAGAAUCACCUGACAAUAAUGGAAACGGUAGACAAACCGUCCUGACAGACAUGAAUAGAGCAAUGACGGAAAGAAUGGUUUCCCUCAGCGAUGUUCACACUCACAGCCUGCAAAUGCCAACUGACAUCACAGGUGGAACAGAAUCUGCAACUGGUCUUCAUGGUGGCCUCACAAAUGCAGAGCUGUCUCCCAUCACUCUGAGCAUAGAGUCUGCAGCCGCCAUCACCAACACGCUGAGCCCAGUUUCAGGAGUUUAUUCCAACACAGAUCAGGUUACUGCGACAGCUGACUCCACAGGUACAGACACAGUUACAGCACAUCCAACAGGGACUCCACUUAACUCCAGUCAUCCAGCAGAGAAAAAUCACACGCAAAUGGCUGGUUGGGCUUGUCCUCUGCAGGUUCAGUCACUGAACAGUACAACCCAUCUGGUCAGGGUCCUGAAGGUGCUGAAAAUGUGGAACUGGAGGAUACCUGCUGACUUCCACAUUAAGCCCCGCGUCCGAUUCAUUCGUUUUCAAAUUCAGUGUACCGACCAAUCAGCAUGGACCAGGAAUUCUGACUCCACCCUCUAGCUGUAGACCCCACCUCCUACCUAAUGAGAAAUGUUCCCUUUUGUUGUUUAAAUAUUUAAAAAAAAAAAUGUUUAUGGACGUUUGUUUUGUUUUAGACCUUCUUUUGGGUCGGCUCCUUUAUCUACCACUGGUGCAUGAUCCGGCUAGAAGUCAAGACAGAGAAUUAAGGUGUAUUGGAUCGACAAAUGUGUGAAAGUGUAAAAAGGAUCACUUCCCAGGCUGAAAGGCAACAUACUGAUAAUUAACUCAUUUAGGCCUAUCAUGUUGCUUGGCAUCAAAAUACGUCUGGUUUGUACGAAGUUUGUCUUCCCACCUUUGCCAAGUGAAUACAUCUUUUUAGCUCAAGCUGGUGUGCAAAUGAAGACCCACUAAAAGGGAAAUGAAAAAUUAGAAAAUAAUUCAGGUGAAUCUUGACCAUCUGGUUCUGUUUUAAUGGCAUCAUACAGGAUAUGAUUGUAAAUUGUGGUUUUGAACUUCAACAAUAAAAUUUUGUCUAUUUUGAACAUCCAA